AUGUACAAAAAUAAAAAGAGAAUCAUAUUAAAAGCUAUAAAGUUUCUGGAAAAAAAAGAUGAAAAAGAUGAAGAAAAAAUAACAGAAGUAAUAAACGAGGUGGAGCAGAUAUUUUUGCAUUGUAUAAAGAAUGACAAAGAUCUUUGUAAUAAAAAUAUAAUUAACACAUAUAUUAUUCCUUAUAUGAAUUUAUUAUUAGAAAAGUUAUUAUUUUAUGAUGAAGAUAAUAAUGUGAAGAAUAAUUUUGAGAUACUAUCGAAUAAAGUAGACUUAUUAUCACGUGUAUUAAUGUUUUUAUCUUGUAUUAUAAAAAUUAAUAAAGAUUAUUCGUAUUUAAUUAUUUCUUAUUAUGUGAAUUUAUUAGAAUCGAAAUUUCAUUUAAUAAAAAUUAUAGAACAUUUAAAAAAUAUAAUUCUUCAUAUAUUAAAAGGUUUAUUAUUUUCAUCAAAUGUUAUUCAUAAUGAAUUAGAUAAUAUAAAAAGAGGUAUACAAGAUUAUGUUUUAUUAAAAUGUAAAAUAUUUAAUAUGGUUAUUAAUUUCUAUUUUAAUCCUUUCUUAUAUAAUCAUCCAUAUAAAUUUAUUUUAAUCAAAAACUUAAUGUUAAUCAUUACAAAAGAAGUUAACUUUUAUUUACAUAUUUUAAAAAAUAAAAACCAUAUAUUUCAACAGAUUUUAAUACAAGCAAAACCUACACAUCAUGUAAUAAAUAAAUUAUUAAACGUUAAAUAUUUAGAUUAUGUAUUGGAUAAUGAUAGUAUGAAAAAUAAUUACGAUCACAUCAUUUUUAUAUGGCUGGAGCAAAAUAUUAGGCUCUUCAAUGAUCUCCUACUUUUUUAUAUUAGGAACGACAAAAUAUAUGACCAUAUAAUUUGUCAAUCGGAAGGCGAUAACAAUCAAAAUGAAAAUGAAAAUCAAAAUGAAAAUGAAAAUAAAAAUGAAAAUGAAAAUGAAAAUAAAAAUAAUGAUCAUAAUAAUAAUAAAUAUAAUAACAGUUUUAUUUAUCAUUGUAAAGAAGAAGAUCAGAUAACAAAAGAACAUUUGGAAGACACAUAUAAAAUUUUUUUUUAUAAUAAAUUAAUAUAUUACCUAAAUUCUAAUAAUAAACAUCCUUCAACAUUAUCCUUUAAUAAUAAUGAUGAAUACAAUUAUAAAUAUCAUAAUAUAAAUAAUAAUAACGAAAGAGAUCUUAUUAAUUGUAAAAUUAAUGAUCAAAAUAUUCCAUCUUUCGAAAGAGAAAAAAAUUCAAACAUUCAAGAAAAUCAAACUAAUCAUAUGUUUGAUACUUGUGAAAAAUAUAUGGAUUAUGAAGAUAAUUUUUAUUUAUCUCCAUAUAUAAUAAAAAAUAACGAUAAAAGUUCUAGUCAGAAUGAAGAGAAUACUAAUCAUAAUAAAAAGAAAUUUCUUGUACAUAUGGAUUGCUUAAUUAACAACAUUAAUGAUUUAAAAGUAGAUAGCUUAAUUUUCUUAACAUAUUUAAUGAAAAAUAUAUUUUCGUUGAUUAGACAAGAACCAUUUAUCUUAAAUUUUUUUGUAAAAAAUAUGUUUAUUUUGAUCGAAAGGUUAAUAAACAUUGUUGAGGUAUAUAAGAAAGGUGAUAAUAUAUUAAUAAAAAAAAAAGAAAAUGAAAAAAUAAAUAAUCAAAAUGGUUUUGAUUAUAACCACCAUAGUGGUGAUGACAACCUGCAGCAUAAUAAUAAUAAUAAUAAUAAUGAUAGUGUAUAUACCAAUAAAAUUAGUUACAAAUUAAAAGUUGUAGAAUGUCUUUUAGAAUUUAUAAAAAACGAACUGUAUAUAUUAAUAUGUAAAAAAUAUGUAAACGCACCCUUUUAUUAUUCAUAUAUUAACAAAUUAUUAAACGUUAUAGGAGAGAAAGGUACCACAGAGGAAUUAAUUAAGAAAAAAUGUAAUACCAUAAAUAAUAUGUAUAAUACACAUAUUAUAAAUGAACAUAAAAAGAUACAUAUCCUAGAUAAUAAUUAUGAGAAAUUUAAAAGAAAUAUUUUAAGAAAAAAUAAUUACGGAUAUAAUAAAACAAACAAAGAACAUAUUGACAUAAUGUGUUAUUUAAAAGUAAAAAUGAAUGAAAAUGAUAAUACUAUGAAAAAUAAAAAAGAAGAAAAAGAAAAUAUGUUCAUUAAUCAAAUUAUUAAAAAAUUAUAUCUUACCAAUUUUAAAUUGGAUAAGAAUUAUUAUCAAAGAUUUAAUUGUUCCAAGGAAGUAAAUAUAGAAAAUUUAAUUGAAAUUGGAAGGAGAAACAAGGACAUGGGUAAGGAAAAAUAUUAUGAUCAUAACAACAUGUGUGGUGAUAAUAACAUAUGUGAUGAUAACAACAUAUGUGGUGAUAACGAAAUAUAUGGUGAUAACAAAUUAUGUGAUGAUAACAAAUUAUGUGGUGAUAACAAAUUAUGUGGUGAUAACAAAUUAUGUGAUGAUAACAAAUUAUGUGAUGACAAAACAAUAAAUACGAAUGGUGCGUCAAAUCAUAAUAUAAAUGAUAAAGAUGAUGACACAAGCAAUAAUCUAAUUCAAAGAUUUAUGAGCAAAUUUAUAACAUCCAAUAAAUGUGAAAAGGAUGAGGAAAAGAAAAAAAAAAAGAUGACGAAUGAGAAAAUAGAAGUAAUAGAUGAUCAUAAUUAUAAUGAUAAUGUUAUUAUUCAAAAGGAAAAUGAUUUAAAAUAUAAAGAAUUAUUAAAUGUAAAAGAAUUAAAAUAUUAUGAUUUAUAUAAAAGUUUUUUUUUUAGUGAUAUGAAAUAUUAUAAUAAUAUAAAAGAUAAAGAUAAUAUCUUAACUAAUAUAGAUUUAUAUUAUUUUAUUAUAUUCUCCCAAAUAAUAAAUAAUAAUUUAGAAAACCAAGUACCAAUAUUAGGACAAAAUGUUUUCUUAAAUAAAAUAAAUAAUUUAAAAAUUAUAAACAAUAUUGUAAAAAGAAUUAUUUUUAAUAAUAUGUUAAAAGAACAACUAAAAUUUUUUUUCCUAUCUUUAUAUAUAAUAAAAAUUAAUUCAUUUAAUAUAUAUCAAGAAAAUAUACCCACCGAUAUUUUUAUGAACUAUUCAACUCUCUUCAAGUUGUAUAACAAUUUGUUAUUCUAUUUGUUUAUACAAGAGGAAAAAAAAAAAAAACAAAAAAAAAUUAAAUUAAACGAUGAACAUAAUAUAAAUCAAAAUAUUCAAUGUCUUUAUAAUUUUACCAUGGAUGAUGCUAAUCAUAUUAUGGAUAACCAAACUUAUAUUGACAAUCACAACAUUUUAGGAUACACAAAAGUGUGUUAUAAUUAUUUUUAUAAAUUAAAAAAAAAAUUAGAAAAUGCAAAGACAUUGUUUGUACAUCGAAGCGAACUACAAAACAAAUCGUUCAAAAUAAAAUGUACAUAUGACGAGACAUUAAAUCUUAUACUUUAUAUCUUACAUAAUGAAAAUCUUUUAUUGAAGCAUAGGGAUCAAUAUAUAAAAACGUUUAUAGAGCAAAUAUUAGAAACACCAAAGUUAUCUUUUUCUUUUUUUAUAUAUCUUAUUAUAUGGUUACAUAAUAUACAGGUUCAUGUAGAUUUUAAAGGGUAUAUUAACAAUACAAAUGGUGAUAAAGAAAUAAACAUAAAAACAAUGCACCAUAUAAUAGAAAGUGAUACCAAUGUAGAUAUAAAUAAAGAACAAGAGGAUAUUAAUUUUAAAAGCAACGAUAAUAAAAAGAAAGAAAAUAUUAUGAUGAAUAUAUCGAAUGAUUAUAUGUCACCAAAUAUAAAUCAAGAUAGUGAUGAUUAUGAAAAUGAUUCUUAUUUUAAUGUUGACUUUUCGGAAUAUGUAAAUUCGGAGAGUGAUAAUAGUAAUGACACAUCAACAAAUAAUAAUAUGUCAUCAAAAAAAAAAAAUACACAAGAUGUAAAUAAAUUAUUACCAAGUAAUAAUAAUAAUAAUGAUGGUGAUGAUAAUAAUAAUGAUGAUGGUGAUGGUGAUGAUAAUAAUAGAAAUGAUGUUGUGAACCAACUUACUUUUAAAAAUAAUAAACCUAUAAAUAAUAAUUAUAAUGAAGAUGUAUUUAAUAUUAAUUAUUAUAUUAAAUAUAAUAUAAGUAAAACUACCAACAUGUCAAAUAACAUUUUAUGUUUUUCUUUGAUAUCUAAUUUAUUAAAAAAAAAUCAAAAUAUUAAAAGUAAAAAAACUAUAUUGUCCAUUUAUAUGAAUACCUUAUUUAAUUGUAGGAAUGAUGUAAGAACAUUAUUAAAAAAAUUAAUAACGGCAACAAAAGGUAUAUAUAAUAAUAAAUUAAAUUAUUUUGUAUAUACCAAGAAAAUAUUUAGAUAUUAUCAUAAAAUUUUUAUAUUAUUCUUAUUAUAUAUUUGUAAUAUGUAUUUCCAAAAUUUGAAAGAUGAUAUAUAUUUUUUUUCUUAUUAUCCUUUUUAUUUAUGGCCAGUUGAAUUAAUGAAUUUUAUUCAUAACUUUUUAUUAUCAAAUUUUAAUUUUUUUUAUAACGAUAUUAUAUCACUUUUUACAAACUAUAAACAAGUUGGAUCAUAUGAAAAGAAAAUAUUUUCAUCUAAAUAUUAUCAUAAUAUAAAUAAACAAGUAGACCUUUUUUUGAAUAAUUUUUAUAGCUCACAAGUUGAAGACAUGUCCCUAGAAUCCUUUAUGAAAGACACUGAUUUUUUUAAUAAUAAGAAACAAGAAGGUGAAGAUAAUAAUUAUAAUAGUAAUAUUAAUAAUUAUGAUAAUAUCGAAUGUAUAUCUCUUGAUAUUUAUGGAAAAAAUUUCAUAGAGGAAGAAGAAAAAGAAUGUUUACAUAAAAAUGAAAUAUCACAAAGAAUAUUAUUAGAAGAAAUUUUCAUCUUUUUAUUUAUUAAAACUAUAGAUUUAUUAGAAGAUAAUCAAUUAUGGUACAAAUUAAAAGAAAACAAUAUAUUUUUAAAUUUCUUAACUAUUAAUUAUGUAAAGGAGUUAGUUAAUUUUGUUUUUACUAACAUCCAAAAUACUUAUGAAAAAUAUAAAGAAAACUUCUGGUUACAAUUUAAUAUAUUAAUUAAUGAGCAAGUAGAAGAUGAUAAAGCAAAAAUUAAUGAGUAUAAUACAUAUAUACAAUUAAAAGAAAUAUCAAACUUUGUAUUAAAUUCGAUUGAUAAUUAUUUAAGUGUAUGUGUCAGAUCAACCAUAUUUUUUCAUUUAUAUAUAUUUAUAUUUAAUAAUUGUAAAAAAAAGGAAAUCAAAAAAUUAUUACUCAACAAAUUUAUUAUAACCUUGCCUUUAUUAAAAUCGUUGUUUCAUGAGGAAUUCUUUAGAAUAUUGAAAUAUAACAAUAAAUUGUUUAGCCAGGGAAAAGAAGAACAACAACAAGAUGAUAAUAUAAUAAUGGAAAGCAAUCACACACAUGAUAAUAAUAAUAAUAAUAAUAAUAAUGAUAAUAAUAAUGAUAAUAAUAAUAUAGAUAAAGAAGAAAAUAAAAAUGUUAUUAAUAAAGAUGAAGAUAAAAAUAAUAAUAUCGUUCUUGAAGAAUCCAAUGAUAUAAAUAAUAAUGAUAUAAAAAAUACAGAAGAAAAUAAUCCAUUUCAAAUUAAUAUGGAAAUAAUAAAAUAUAUAAGUACCAAUUUAUAUAAAUCUAUACCUUCUUCUGAGGAGAACUAUAUGAACUUUUUAAAUUUUUGUUUUAACUUGUAUUUGGAAAAUAAUAAUUUUGAAUUCAUUAUAGAAAUCAUUGGAUUCUUAGGAAAAGAACAAACGUUACAAAUAUUUAAUGAUAUUAUAAAAAAUGAAAUAAUAGAGGAAAAUAAAAAAAUCGAAUUCAUGAAAUCUUGUAUCAAUAAUAUAGUAAAAUUACCAUAUGCUUACAUUCUGGAGAAAAAAAAAAAUAACGAUAAUGAUAAUGAAACAUAUUAUGUAACAAAUGCAGAUAUUUUUUAUCUAUAUUAUAAUUUAAAUAAAUAUAAAAAUAUACAAAGAGUUAUGCUAGAUUAUUUUGUAACCAAGGUUAAUUUAAACACAAUAGAUAAUGAUGAUAAUACUAAAAUGUUUAAUGAUAUAACAAUAAAAGAUUUAGCUAGUAUAGUACAACAAAUAGCAGAAAAUAGUAAUACAAUCUUUCCUAUUUAUGGAAGAUUCUUAUGCCAAAUUACAAAAAAUAUUAAUAUUUUAAGAGAAUUUGUAAGUAGUAUUAUAAUACCAUUAUUAAUACAAAAAAAAAUCUGGACAAAUAAAUUUAUAUGGAAAGGAUGUUUGAUGUGUAUAUCGAUGUUAUGGCCAGACUUUAAGCACUCUCUUUUUUAUAUAUUUUUUAUGUUACCAUCGGAUGAAUGCUCUACUUUAUUUCAUGCCUUAGAACAGAAGCAUUCUAUUUCAAGCGAUUUAAUUGAAUUAAUAUCCACAAAUGAACAGGCUAAAAGAAUGUGUCCUGAUUAUUUGAAGAAUUUAUUGAAUACGUGA